CUCGACCAUCUCUAAUGCGGAGGCGCGUGAUCGGUUGGUGGCCGAGCGACGAAAGAAUGUGCAGGUUGAUGAUCAAGGGCCGAUUCUUUAACAUCAGCAUUAUUAACGUGCACAGCCACGCGAGUACGACCGCUGCCCAAACUACGACGUCAAGAUCAUCAUAGGGGAUCUAAACGCUCAGGUAGACCAGGAGGAGGAAUUCAGACCGACGAUUGGAAAGUUCAGCGCCCACCAGCUAACGCACGAAAAUGGCCUCCGCCUCAUCGAUUUCGCCGCCUCCAAGAACUUGGCCAUACGUAGCACCUUCUUCCAGCACAGCCUCCCUUAUCGCUACACCUGGAGAUCACCACAACUAACGGAAUCGCAAAUCGACCACGCUCUGAUUGAUGGACGGCACUUCUCCGACAUUAUCGACGUCAGAACUUAUCGUCGCGCUAAUAUCGACUCUGAUCACUACCUGGUGAUGGUUAAACAGCGCCCAAAACUCUCUCUUAUUAACAAUGUACACUACCGGCGGCCGCCCCGGUAUGAUCUAGGGGGACCGAAGCAACCGGAUGUCGCCACCGCAUACUCGCAGAAUCUCGAGGAAGCGUUGCCGGACGAGGGUGUGCUCGAUGUGGCCCCUCUAGAGUACUGCUGGAGUACAGUCAAAGCAGACAUCAACAACGCAGCCGAGAGCUACAUCGGGUACGUAGAACGGAGUCGACGAAACGAUUGGUUCGACGAGGAGUGCAGAGCGGUUCUGGAGGAGAAGGAUGUAGCGCGGGCGUUAAUGCUGCAGCAUGGAACCCGACAGAAUGUGGAGCGAUACAGACAGAAGCGGAAGCAGCAGACCCGUCUCUUCCAGGAGAAAAAGUGCCGCCUGGAAGAAGCGGAGUGCGAGGAAAUGGAACUGCCUGUUUUGCGGAUGACGUAGAUAUUAUUGCUAGAACAUUUGGAACGGUGGCAAAACUGUACACCCGCCUGAAACGUUAAGCAGCAAAGGUCGGACUGGUGGUGAAUGCGGCUAAGACAAAGCACAUGCUGGUAGGUGGGACUGAGCGAGACAGGACAAGCCUUGGCAGCAAUGUUACGAUAGACGGGGAUACUUUCGAGGUGGUAGAAGAACUCGUCUACCUCGGUUCCUUGCUAACGGCUGACAAUAACGUGAGCCGUGAAAUACGAAUGCGCAUCAUCAGUGG